CUCUUCUCCUCCUUAAGCCAUUUAUCUCCACUCUCAAGAGGGAUCCAUCAUUAAUCUUCAGAAAAACCCUCAUCCAAAAUGCAGGUUGCUGAAAUAUUGUCCGAUAUUACCUCGCUCCGAGUCUGUGGACACAAUGAGGCCCUUGCACUUGUCGGUGGUCCAGCGGUAUCCGCCAAAGAGCCGCCUGCUGAGAGUGAGACGGUUGCAGCCUCGGAUGGUCAAGCUAUCAAACAUGAAGCCUUGCAACGCGCCAAAGAGCUUGUCCAGCUACACUAUGAAGUGAAGUCUCGGCAUAUCAAUGGUGAGGUUGACGAGGAGUUGCGUCAGGCUAGGGAGGACGUCUAUCGAGUUCUGAGGGAGUUGGCGUGAGCCGAUUCAGCUUGUCGGGCCUCGCCGUGCUGUUGGUGUUUUGGUUUUGAAUCGUUCCAUCAAACCUACGAUCAUAAUAUCAUUCUUAGCAAUCUACGCGUUUUUCAGUUACGGCUACGGUGUUUUGCGGUGUUUGGGUUCCUGUCAGGGUUCAAAUACCCACAUCAGAAACCGACCAUUCUCGAAGCCCAGCGAGAAUACUUUGCGAGAUAACAGGGAAAGCGAUCGGGUAUAUUUGUCAGAGAAUUUCAUCAUGCGUGGCUGCUAAUGUGUACAAAUUCAACAAUGCGGUCAUGAGCUUCUAUGCGGCCUUCACCCUCACAGAGUUUCUUUACCGCAGCCGACUUGGCAUGAAUUCCCUCAUCGCUCAGAACGUGGAGUAAAGCCUUUGAGAAUUCCUCGGCCUUGACGCCGGGUGCUGCAGAUCGACUGCCGUUGAUUCCGAUUCCAAGCCAUUCAACCCGGGUUGCACAGUCAUAGGUGUCAAGCCAUUGGGGUAGUACAACUUGGGGAACACCGACCCUAGAACGAACGGUUAGAAAUCGUGAACUUUCUUCCGUCCAGAGUAUCGGAGAGUACUUACUUGCAUGCUUCAAAAUAAG